UCUGUUUGGUGCGUGUAUUUUCCUUUCCCGUGCUUUCUGUUUGUUUCUCAGUAAAAUCAAAUCUUAUCGCCGUUUCUUUUUCCGUGACGGUGGUUUUCGAGUAGAGCAAACGCUCGCUCCCUCCUCGUAUACGUGUAUAUAUAUGUGUGUGUGCAUAUCUUUCUUGUUCUACAAGAGCUGUGUUAGAGAGAGAGAGAGAGAGAGAGUGACACAAGACUUUGAAAUUUGAUUAGCUGUUUGGAGAGAGAGAGAAUGGAGGGAAAGAAGCAGGUCGGUUCGUCUUCUUCUUCCUUCACGACUGAGCUGUUUGGUUCGAAGGAUUCAUCGUCUUCAUCCGGAAUUUUCGGCUCAAUCUUCCCUCCUCCAUCGAACUCGAAGGUCCUAGAGAGAGAGUCUCUGCACUCUGGAACGCCUGGGAAGAACGAAAACUUUGUGAAUAAAUCAUGCAACACCAAAUCUGGAACUGCAGAUGACGCUUUCAGCAAGGAAAGUGAGAGCCAGAGCCAGCAAAAUAGGGACACCACUUCCAAUUACUAUGAGCAAAGAGUACAGCAACCAUGUCAUCUCAGUUCAUCAAUCUAUUAUGGUGGUCAGGACAUCUACUCUCGUCCCCCGGGUGCAGAAAACUCUACUUACAAGAAAGAUGGGACUGAAGAUGAUUCAGGAAGUGCUUCAAGAGGAAACUGGUGGCAAGGCUCUCUUUAUUAUUAGGAGUGGCCUUGUCCAAACCAUACACUCAGCAAGGUAAAAUAAAAUAGGAAAAUAGCAUAGCAGCAGUUUAUAUAAAGAUAGAUGAUAGCCGUCCGAUCGCUGUUGGAGCUGGUUCUUUUCGCCCGGCCAAACGACAGAACCUUAUAUGAAUCAAUAGUUAUAUGUAUCUGUUUUUAAUUUAAGCUGUAAAGGAAUAUUGAACUUGGCAUUUUCCUGUAAAGUUUGUAUGGUUUUGUGAGCUAAUUUAUCAUGCGUUCUGUGGUUGAGACUUUGCAUCCUAAAGGGGGGUGGAAAAAAAAGGGCCACGUUAUUUAUCUUUUAAUGGGUGGCUGAAUUUAUUCUCUA